CGUCAUGAAAAUCAGGUGGGGGAAUACCUGAAGGAUUAUCAAAGACAUCAUUACUCGUGACUGAAGUAUAGCUACCGGAUUGGAUCGAAAGAUUUAGUUUCUGUUUUCAUCAUGUUUCUGAGACGGUGUGUAUUCAUACUUGCUAACAUCGUAUUCUUCGCCAACAUCGCCGCAGCCUUCAAAAUCGCUUCAGACAGCGACGAAGAAGAACCCCAAAAAACCUUACCUCUUUUUCUGAGCAACAGACCACGGAUCAUUAGCAUUUUUUCAAAACCAGCUAAGGAGGACGCCCCCAAACAGACAGGUCCUGGCAUUUUAGGUCACGUUGGCAACGUAAUCCAUGGGGGUUCCAUCGGAAUCGAAUUUAGACCUUUAGCACCUGUCCAUGGAAUAAUAGAACACGCCAAAAAGAUUAUUCCAGGUGGAAAACCAGAGGUAGGUCAACCAGAACAUCAGACACCUCCUCCAGAACCCUACGAUCCCCCCAAAGGAGGAAACUGGGAUAAUGAUGAACAUGAGAAGGACUGGAUGCCAGAAAAUCCUGAAAAACCCGUACCAGAAGGACCUUCUUGGGAAGAUAUUGGAGAAGAUCCUGAAGAUGAUCCAGACAUUCCUUAUGAAGAAAUCAUCAAUCCUAGAGUGAAGCCAAGACCAAAGAGACACUUCCUCAAUUCCAAAAUUUACCACGUUCCGGUGAAAUUUAUGUCCAAUGCGAAACCUUUCCAAAUUAGGUUCGGCAACACUAAAAAAUCCGCGAGUUUUGAUAAAUCUGUGAACAAUGUGCUUAGAAAAUAAGAAAGAGAUUUUGGAUUUAAAUUAAUUUUUAUAACUUUCGUGUUGUAUCAGUGACUAAUCAUCAGUAAGAAUUGGUUUGCCAAAGAUGUUUUGAUAGGUUACUUUGAACUUCCGGACGUUCAGAAAAUUUAUGUAAUUUUUAUUUCAAUUUAAAUUCAGUGACACUAAAAAAACAUUUAGACACGCAUAAAUUUGUGGACAAUGUGCACAUUGUUCACAAAUUCCUUAAGUUUAGGAAAUAAAAAGAGAUUUUUGAUUUAAAUUAAGUUUUUAAUUUUUUCAAGCAAGCGCGCGCGUGUUGUAUCAGUGAGUAAUUAUCAGAAAUAAUUGUUUUUCCAAAGAUAUUUUGAUGAGUUACUUAUACUUCCAGACUUUCAAAAAAUUUAUGUAAUUUUUUAUUUCAAUUUAGAUUAGACAUUAUUAAAAAUCCAUCGUAUAUGGAAACUGUAAAAGUAAUUAUCUAAAAAUUUAUGAUCAGUAUAAUUCGAAAAGUUAUUGAUUGAUUUUCAAGGAAUUUCUAACGCUAAUUCAAAGCUAUUCUUCCAAGAUUAUAAUUAAGAAUUGUUUGAGUUGUAGGUCAAUUACCGAUUUUAAAAUCUAAGCUCUGAGACAAUUGCAUUUGGAAACACAAAUUAUGAUUGAUUUAAUAUGAUUGGAAACAUUAGUAAGUAGUUAACUUUUUUUCUGUCAAACCGACAUCUGUUUAUAAAUAAGAUAUAGCACUUUCAAAACAUAAAAUAAAAGUAGCAAUUUUUCAAAGUUCUUAUAGCUUCUUAACUUAUUCGUUUUGUUUAUAGGAUAAUAGAUACAGAUAUAUAUAUGCGAAAUUUUUAUUUCGAACAUUUCCCUUAAAAUCAAAAGUAUCAAAGGGUGAUGUGUCUGCAAAUCAAUAAUUCUUUGGUAUAUUAUGGAUUGAAGGUUAGAUUCGAAAUUUAUUAUUCUAAACUUUUAAAUCGCCUCUUGUCUAAAAUCAUUGAUCUCUAGAUCUAUUGAGCUGUUUGAUCAUAAGAACGUAAGCAAAGGGCUUUGAAAACCUCUUUUUUAAAAAAUGUUUACCUAGUUGAAUUCUUAAAAUACUUGAAACAACUAAAAAAAUAUUUGUCAAUUUGAAGAAAGUUUAGCAUGUGAGCAUUUUGUGCAUUGUUUAGGAGAAAUUUUCCCUAAUUAUGUUCUCUUCAAAAGAAAUUUUAUGAAAUUUCUUUCCGUUUCCAAGCAACAGAGGAGAGUUCGAUAAAAUUAUUUGAUUGACCCAGUCGAUAAUAAUAUCCUCUCCACAUCCGGGUGUUAUUUUGGUAAAUGUUAGCGUUUCUAGCAACUUUAUGAAAAAGCUGCUAUCAGUUUUUAAAAGUACUUCAUGGUGUAUGUUUUGAUACUGACCAGUACGACAUAUAUCAAAAACUGAAUUUCUCCCCUAAUUCCACUGAAAUUAAAUUUCUACUAGUAUCUGUGAAAGGUUCUUUAUUUACUUCUAAUGUUUAAAAACUAUCUACAAUCAGCAUAUUAAUGCUUAUAUCUAGUUAAAAUUCUUAAAAAUAAAACAAAUUUUUAUGAAAUUUUCUUCCAGUUCUGACAAAAAAAGAAAAAAAUGCUUUUUCUUUUUGAGUUGGUAUUUUAGUAAGGAAGAGUUUUACAUGCAGUAUGACAUGCUGUACAGAAUUGUGCUUACUUUUCGGUUAGCCGAACGCAAGUGUAAGUGUAAAAGUCUCCAAAAAAUGUAGACCUUCGCCAACUAUUUUUGUUUUUCAUUUUAUUAAUUUUUUUAACCACAUAAAAGUAAAUAGAAUAAAAAAAUACCGGAAUUUUCUUGCUACCCGAAAAGAACCUAAAUGUGAACUAAAAUUUUAUGAAUAUGAAUAUUUAAUUUUUGCAUAAAAUAAUUUGGUCAAUUAAUUUUAUUACGAUUGUUUGUAUUAAUCUUAUAAAUGUAUCUUAUAAACAUAUUAGUAUUUUUAAAGCAAAUAUUAUCAUUUCGUACUUUUUUUAUUUGUUUAAAAUUUUCCUGAAUUAUUUUAUGUAGUAUUUUUAUAAUUUAAGAUGAAGGAUAUUACCAGGAGAAUUAUAUUACCAGGAUAUUACUAUGAUAGCCACUGUAUACUAUACACACUACUAUACUGCCAAGUUUUAUUAUUUUUAUUUGAAAGAUAAGUGAUUUUAAUGAUCUUUCAAUUAUGGCAAAAAUUUUUAAAAAAAAUCUAAAUCAGUAUGCGAGAUAUUUUUUUCCAAUGCCCACAUGGGUAAUAAACUUUUGUUAAUACAGGCAGAUUUGGCAGAUACAGACAGGCAGAAGGGCAAAUUUGUCAGCCACUCUUUCAGGGGAGCCGUAUAUUAGGUGGGCCAACGUUGACUGCGAAUAAUAUUUAGUUUUGUUAUUUCUCCGUAUUGAAUUUCAGGUGAUGUUAAAAUUUCGAAUGCUUUUAUAAUCCUAUUCUUUUUAAGCUUCUUCAAAUAAUAAAGCGAUGUAUCUCAAACUAUAUCAAAAUUGCAUAAAUUGUGAAACAAUUUUUAGAUGUUUAUCUCGAGAAGAAAAGUAAGAUUUUGAUUAUUAAAUGUUUUUUAUGCUCAAAUGUUAUUUGAAUGUAAGAAAAAAUCAUAAAAAGAAAAAAUUACGUAAUUUUAAUUUACUUUAAAUGAGAAGAGCCAACAAUGAUAAAAAAGUUGAUAUAUGUGAUUAUAAAUAAGCUAAUAUUAGGGAAAUGGGAGUUUAUUAUGGGAAAUUAGGUUAAAGUGUUUUUAAAAUAUCUCAAAGAGAGCUUAUGAAAUCUUUUGCAACAAAUGGUGCAACAUAAAAAAAAAUUUAAAAAUUUUAUUAAAAUUUGAAAAAAUAUGCCCUUUUUAAAGAAUGUUUAUUAUUUUAGUAAGAAAAAAAAUGUCGCAAAAGUUUUACCAUUUUCGCUUAUUUAUGGAAUUCGAAUUUUGUUUUCACUAUUUGUUUCUUGUAACUAUAUUUUACACAUUUACAUCAAUGUCAGGAAAUGUCUGUUAAGCUGAAGACUUUUAUAUUUAUAUUUUCAAUAAAGUGUUUUUUUAAAUAAUA